UUUUCUCUUCACUGAAUAGAUUUUGCUAAUGAGGCCUCGUGGAAAGGGGUAUAAUAAAUACAGCAGGAGCUUUAGUCGCACACGAGUGGCAAUCCACACGGUGAUAUAUUAGGUCCUGCUAGAAGGAAACCUCAUAUAUAUAUAUUUCUGUACUUCGAUAAAUAGCUUAAUAGACACUAUUUAUAGAUUUAGUCAUUUUCCUUUCCUUUGUAUAGUUUUAUAGAAUUCAGUUGAAAUUAAUUUGACGUCACAGACCCCAAAUCACCAACCAUGGCAGACGAAGCUCGUCAAACCAUGACGAAGUUCUGGGAGGAACACUCUCGAGAUGCCACUUUGGAAGAGAUGAUGCUGGACUCCAGUGCUAAGCUCUUAUCUAAAGAGGAAAAGCCAGAGAUCAUCUCGCUAUUACCCUCUCUAGAUGGGCUUUCUGUGUUGGAACUUGGGGCCGGUAUAGGUCGUUAUACAGGGCAUCUUUCUAAGUUAGCAAGCCAUGUGACUGCCGUUGACUUCAUGCAAAAGUUUAUUGACAAAAACCGUGAGGACAACGGAUAUCGAGGAAACAUCACAUUCCUGCAAGCUGAUGUUACCCAACUGGAACAGCCAAGUGAGAGUUUUGACUUUGUCUUCUCUAACUGGCUGUUCAUGUACCUGACUGAUGAAGAGUUAGUAACGCUGAUACAAAAAAUGAUGAGCUGGCUAAAACCUGGAGGGUACCUGUUCUUCAGAGAGUCCUGCUUUUAUCAAUCAGGGGACUCAGAGCGGACAUUUAACCCCACGUUUUACCGGACCCCUGCUCAGUACAACCAUCUUAUUACGUCUGUAACCUCCACAUCAGGAAACAAUGGUUUUGAAAUUGUGAUGUCAAAGUCUGUACAGACGUAUAUUAAGAUAAAGAAGAAUCAGAACCAGGUGUGCUGGCUCCUGCAGAUGGUCCCUCGGGUUCCUGAUGCCCAUCAGGGCUAUGGGACGUUUCAGCAGUUCCUGGAUAACCAGCAGUAUUCCCGAAGGGGGAUCCUCCGAUAUGAGAAAAUAUUUGGGGAAGGCUUUGUUAGCACAGGAGGCCUUGAAACCACUAAGGAGUUUAUCUCAAUGCUGAAUCUGCUUCCUGGUCAACGUGUCAUUGAUGUGGGCUGUGGUAUUGGUGGAGGAGACUUCUACAUGGCCAAGAUGUAUGGGGUAGAAGUCCUGGGGAUGGACCUGUCAUCUAACAUGGUGGAGAUCGCCAUGGAGAGAGCCAUUAAAGAGAAGACCCCUCUUGUGCAGUUUGAAAUUGGAGAUGCCACAAGGAGGAUAUUUCCCGAGGCAUCAUUCGAUGUGGUGUACAGCAGAGAUACCAUCCUUCACAUCAAUGACAAGGGCGCCCUAUUCAAGAGAUUCUUUUCUUGGUUGAAGCCAGGUGGAAAGCUCUUGAUCACGGAUUAUUGUUGUGGGGAGCGUCCCUGGUCUCCAUUGUUCCAGGAGUAUGUGAAGCAGAGAGGAUACAUUCUGUAUACACCCAAGGAGUAUGGACAGUUCCUGGAGCAGGUUGGCUUUGUAAAUGUUCAGGCUCAGGAUCGGACAGAACAAUUUGUACAAGUACUGAACACAGAACUUAAGCGUACUCAUGAGAUCAAGGAGGAAUUCCUGCAGGGUUUCUCUGAAGAAGAUUAUAACUACAUAAUUGAUGGCUGGAAGGAAAAACUGCAUCGCUGCAGUCUUGGAGAUCAACGCUGGGGACUCUUCUAUGCUGAAAAACCACUAGAUGCCAUUUUAUAAUUCUGUACAUUCCUCCUUCAUAUCAAGGUCUUAGCCACGGCAGGGAGAAUCAUUUGAGUAUUAAAUUAAACACAUUUGUUUAUAUAUAUAAUGUAUAUAUGCCUUGGUUUGUGUCACCUACACCAUGUGGUUGCAAGGAAUCUGUUUUCAAUUUCUAGUGAUACUUUGUGACCAAAAUGGGCUUUACAACUAUCAAUGAAUAAUAUGCAGUGAGUGCCAUCCAGAGGAUAAUGCUUAUAUUACAGUUAAAGAUGUGAUGGAAUCAUAGCAUAGAAUAUGCCAGAGGUAGUGGAUACUGGAAUAUCCGUUUUAGGUAACAAUUCCGGCUGUCCAAGGGUAAGUAGCAUGGGUGUUGUAGAGUCAAACUACACAAUUAGACUUUUAGCAAAGCCGAGUCUUUUAAUUUCAGCAGCUUUUUAUCUUUUUUAUCAUUGUUUUGGAAAUUACUACUGACAGAUGCCUAAUGUAGGAGUGAGAGGGGUGGCAGACCAGCCACAGCUUCUGUCCCCUGAACUGAUCUCCUUGAUGUGAUCUCUAAUGCAGCAAACAUUGAAAAGAGCUAAAAGAGUAUAUAGUCAUACACUGACAGUCUGCCCUGUACAGUUACCAGAGGGUGCAAGAGACGAUUUGGGCCAGAAGAGGCACAAAUGCUGCUUUCACCCUAAUGGACCACCUCAAGUAUUGGGGGGUCCCUUAAUUUAUUUUUAGUGGGGCGGCAGGAGGAAUCUGGGAGAUGCCUAGGGCAGCGCCACAAAUGUAUCAGCAAUUAGAGAAAAAAAAUACUAUUGUUACCAAUGCACAAGCCUUUUGGGCUACCAAAAGAACAGUGUCUGGUCUUUAUGAGAUAUAUACAACUGCUAUUGUCAAUAAAAGUGAUUUAUAAAUGUA